AUGGGUCAGCUACCAGUGCUAGGCGUUCUGAAAAUGGAAGUCACUUACGGACACCGGACGGCAACAGCUUCGCUUUACGUCGUUGACCGUGAGGGCCCAAGCCUAUGUGGUCGUGAUGUAAUUGCAGCGCUGGAUCUGCUUACCGUCAACGUGAAUGCUGUUAACAGCGAAGGCAAGGUGACCAAUCUGAAGCAGGAAUUCAAAUCCUUGUUUGAGCCACGCAUCGGUCUCAUGGUAGGUCCACCUGCUCAUCUACAUUUGAAGCAAGGCAUAACGCCCAAGUUCUGCAAAGCAAGAUCUCUUCCGUAUGUAAUGCGCGACAAAGUGUCUGCGGAACUUGAUCGGCUGUGCGAAGCGGGAGUGCUCACACCGGUGACCCAUUCCGAAUGGGCGACACCUAUCGUGCCCGUCAUGAAGAAAGAUGGCACAGUAAGAAUAUGCAGCGAUUUCAAGGUUACGCUGAACGAAGUCUGUGAUGUUGAACAAACUGAGGACGGACUCGCAAAUUCAGAAGCAGUAUGUUCUAUCCAAAUCUUGGAGGAGGGGCCACUGUCAGCAAAGCAGCUAGCCGACUUGACAAGUCAAGAUGCUACCUUGUCAGCACUCAGGGAUGCCAUACAGCGGGGAUGGCCACAUCAGCUGCAAGACAAGGCAUUGCAACCGUAUUGGUCUCGAAGAGAUGAGCUCUCGACGGACCACGGUCUGAUAAUGUGGGGAAGGAGGAUAAUCAUCCCAGCAAAAGCACGCCAUGCGAUGCUACUGGAACUCCACUCUACACACUCUGGAAUGGCAACAAUGAAAGCAGUAGCAAGAUCACUAUUCUGGUGGCCCGGAAUAGAUGGCGACAUCGAAAGCACGGCACGGCACUGUUUGGAAUGUCAACAGGCACAGCCAAUGCCACCAGCAAAAGAACCUCUGUCCUGGCCAUCGACAACUAUAAGAUGGUCACGCGUGCAUAUUGAUUAUGCCGGGCCAAUCGAUGAAAUGAUGCUACUCAUCGUAGUGGACAGCUUCUCACGUUGGAUUGAAGCAAUUACGGUUAAGAAUGCUUCGUCUGAGCAAACGGUGAAGGAACUUCGCAGUGUAUUCGCACGUUUUGGAAUUCCACACUGCGUAGUGUCAGACAAUGGCACGCCAUUCACAGGAAAAGCAUUCCAGGAUUUUGUGAAAGCUAAUCGGAUACGACAUAUUCGUACAGCCCCAUACCACCCGCAGUCAAACGGACUAGCAGAGAGGGCGGUACGCACGGUGAAGGAUGCGUUGAAGAAAAUGAAGACUGGGGAUUUGCGCACAAAUGUGGACCGCUGGUUGCAUUCAUACCGUCGAUCACCAAACACUGUGUCCGGUAAAUCGCCCUCGGAAAUGCUACUUGGGUACAACAUCAGGUCAAGAUUGGACCUCAUCAGCGUCCAAGAACUGCACAAAGAAGCUAUCUCAAAACCUGACCGGGCACGACCAAGCCCAGACAAAGAAUCAAGUUCGGAAACAGGUGUGCUUCGGCCAGGGACGCACGUGUUCGCUCGAAAUUACGGGCGAGGACAAAAAUGGAUUCCGGGAGUGGUACAGAACCAAAAAGGAUCCCGGAUGGCUGUUGUGAAAACGGCGGUCGGAGACAUGACGCAUCACGCCUACCAACUGCGCCGACGACCUGCGUCGCGGAUCGCCACAGAAGAUGACACCUGGAUGUCUGACGUGGAACUUCACAACCCAAGCCUCCUGACUCCAGUUCGUCCACCUAGAAGAUCAGGACGAUGCAGGAGGUCACCACUACGCUACGGACAACCGGUGACAUACUAA